AUGUCUGCAACGGAUGAACUAAGUGGCAUUCUCUCGCGACGUCAGGAGAUCAACGAAAAACUUGAGGAGGGUCUUGAGGUUAAACCUAAAUAUAAAUUCGUGAAUGUUUAUACGGAGUUUCACGAGUUCACCAGAAAAGAAAUAAAGCAGUACGAAGAUACCUUCAAUAAGUUCGACGAAGGGCGAGAUGGUUUUCUAGAUCUGACGGAAGUGAAGCGCAUGAUGGAGCGACUUGGCGCGCCGCAAACACAUCUGGGUCUAAAGGCAAUGAUCGCGGAAGUCGACGAAGACGGAGACAACAAGAUCAGUUUCAGAGAAUUCUUACUAAUAUACCGGAAAGCUCGAUUAGGUGAACUUGAAAUGGAUUCUGGUUUGGAAGCAUUAGCAAGAUUAACAGAAAUUAAUGUCGAUCAAGUAGGUGUCAAUGGAGCCAAAAAUUUCUUUGAAGCAAAAAUAGAAGAGCUAGCAAAGAAAAACAAAUUUCAUGAUGAGAUCUUACAAGAACAAGAAGAGAAGCGUCGUGAAGCAGAAGAGAAAGCACUUCGAAGACAAAGAUUUAAAGAAAAGACUGCUGUCUUUCAACAUUGA